AUGGCCGAGCGAUACAAUUACCUGUUUAAAUUCAUCAUCAUUGGUGACGCCGCUACGGGCAAAUCUUGCCUGCUCCACCGCUUCAUCGACAACAAAUUCAUGCGGGACUCCACCCACACCAUCGGUGUGGAGUUCGGCUCCAAGAUCAUCAACAUCCAGGGCAACAACAUCAAGCUGCAAAUUUGGGAUACUGCCGGACAGGUCACAAGGAGCUACUACCGCGGCGCAGCUGGUGCUCUUCUCGUCUACGACAUCACGAGUCGCGAGUCGUACAACCACUUGAGCACCUGGCUGGAGGACGCGAGGACGUUGGCCAGCGCUGGCAUCGUCAUCAUCCUCGUGGGCAACAAGAAGGACUUGGAGGACGAGAGGGAGGUCACUUUCAUCGAGGCGUCCCGAUUCGCUCAGGAGAACAACUUGAUGUUCUUGGAAACAUCCGCCCUCACCGGCGACAAUGUGGAGGAGGUAUUUUUGAAGUGCGCCCGGUCCAUCUUCUCCAAAGUCGAGGCGAAGGCGGUGGAUCCGAAGGACUCGGGAUCUGGAAUUGUAGAGAACAACAUGGCGAGACCAGGCAGCGCGGUUGCCACUGGUGGCUCGGACGGCUGCGCGUGCUAG